GACCCCCUCAGAGCGGCGGGGUGGGGGGCUGCCGGGGGGGAAGAUGGCGACGCAGGCCGGAGACCCCCAACCUCCGGUCCCGGCCCCGCACCCCCCUAACGGGGGCUUCAACCUGCCCCUCAACCGGGGGCUGGAGCGAGCCCUGGACGAGGCCGCCAACUCCGGGGGGCUCAACCUCAGCGCCCGCAAGCUCAAGGAGUUCCCCCGCCCCAGCGCCCCCGCCCACGACCUCUCCGACACCGUGCAGGCAGAUCUGUCGAAGAAUAAAUUGACGGAAGUUCCAAUGGAAUUAUGCCAUUUUGUAUCACUGGAAACACUAAAUCUUUAUCAUAACUGCAUCAAAGUUAUUCCAGAAGCCAUCAUCAACUUACAGAUGCUGACUUACUUAAAUUUAAGUCGAAAUCAGCUAUCAUCCAUGCCAGCCUCCCUGUGUGGUCUCCCUCUCAAAGUCUUAAUUGCCAGUAACAACAAGCUGGGAUCUCUUCCAGAAGAGAUAGGUCAACUCAAGCAGUUAAUGGAACUGGAUGUCAGCUGCAAUGAAAUCACAGCUUUACCACAGCAGAUAGGACAACUGAAAUCUCUAAGAGAGCUGAAUGUCAGAAGAAAUUACCUCAAGGCUUUACCUCAAGAAUUAGUAGAUCUCCCCUUGGUGAAGUUUGACUUUUCCUGCAAUAAAGUCCUCGCGAUUCCAAUUUGUUUUAGAGGGAUGAAACAGCUGCAAGUAUUGCUGCUUGAGAAUAAUCCCCUCCAGUCUCCUCCUGCUCAGAUCUGUAUAAAAGGAAAAGUGCACAUAUUCAAAUACCUGAGCAUACAGGCUUGUCAGAUGAAAACCACCGACUCACUUUAUCUUCACACUAUAGAACGACCACAUUUGCAGCACCCCGUGGAGGAAAGUAUUGAUGACAUUUAUCCCAACAAAAAGGAUUCUGAUUCAGGUGUUGGAAGUGAUAAUGGAGAUAAACGUUUAUCAGCGACAGAGCCUUCUGAUGAAGAUACUGUCAGCCUCAAUGUGCCAAUGUCUAACAUUGUGGAAGAAGAACAGAUAAUCAAAGAAGACUCAUGUCCUCGACUUAGUCCGGGUAAAGUGGAAUUUCACCAGGAGCCUCCUUCCCAUUUGACUAACAGUGAUAAUAGUGGAGAAGGAAGAAACCAAAUCACCGCUGGGACAGAUGCACUCACUACCGAAUUUAUGAGCUACAUCAAGGGCAGAACAGACGACUGUGAGGAAUUGUUACGAAUAGAAGAGGAUGCCCACUGGCAAACAGAAAGAAUAACAAGUUCAUCAGAUAAAAAGGACAUGGACAUAGCAAUGAUAGAUCAACUAAGAGAAGCCGUCGAUUUGUUGCAAGAUCCCAACAGAUUAAGCACUGACAUUACGGAGAGAAGUACUGUGAAUCUCUAUCCCAGGGAAUCUGCAACUCCCUUAGAGUUACAAGACACCACAAUGAAUGGUCAAAUUCAACUGGAGACCUCUCCGACAUGUCAGGAUGAAAAUGCAGAAGAAGAAUUAGAAAUUCUGACAAGAAGAGAACUGCUCCUAGAGAAAACCAAAUCCGAAACCACAAGUACAUGUGAACAGUGUGAAAAUCAGUCCUUCAGUCAGAUGCAGCCCGAUCUGACUUCAAGGAGCUGGUGUACUCAGACCGAGGAUAAAGAGAAACUCUCUGCAGGCUCACCUACUGCCAACAACACAGCUCCUUUUGGCCUGAAGCCCCGAUCGGACCCAUCCCUUUCUCUCCCUCCUAUCUCCUUCAACAAACUUACACAGGCACAAACAUGGGACAGCUAUAGCUACAAUAUUCCAUCAGAAGGAGACAGUGACAAUGUAUUCCUAAGACCCCAGAGGAAUUUGGAAUCCAUAGAUCCUCAGUUUACAAUUCGGAGAAAAAUGGAACAAAUGAGAGAAGAGAAAGAGCUUGUGGAGCAGCUUCGUGAGAGCAUUGAGAUGAGACUGAAGAUCAGCUUGCAUGAAGAUCUGGGAGCCGCUCUUAUGGACGGGGUGGUUCUCUGCCACCUCGUCAAUCACAUCCGCCCCCGAUCUGUAGCGAGCAUUCACGUUCCCUCUCCGGCAGUUCCCAAACUUAGCAUGGCCAAAUGCAGAAGAAAUGUGGAAAACUUUCUGGAAGCCUGCCGAAAACUGGGAGUCCCUGAGGAGAAACUCUGCCUACCCCACCACAUCUUGGAGGAGAAGGGGCUGGUGAAAGUGAGCAGCACCGUUCAGGCACUGCUGGACGUCACCGUAAGCAAACCCCUGUUCACAUGAAGUCGUCGCCGCUGCCACGAUAUUCCUCCCGCGGAGGUCCAGGACGCUGCCACCCUGCUCCUCCGUUCCACCCUCCCCUUCCCAAACUGCCGGCGAACGUACUUUCAUUCCGCAGCGUGAUUCCCGUCUUUCGGGACUGAGACUUUUCUCCUGUAAGACCGGGCCCGGGGCUUCACCGUCCUCUUCUUCUUCUUCCCGGUGCGCCUUCUGCCCAAGCAGUAGGCCGGCCCGUCUUGCAGUCAGCAUCCUGGGGAGGAGGAAGAGGAGGAGGAGAAUCAGGGUUCUGCCACCAAAUUCUUCCUGGCGAGUUACUUCAAACCAUUGCCUUUUAAAAAUAUUUAGACAUAAGAAAAUAUUUAUAUAAAUAUUAUUUAUUAGUGAGGUUUUAUUCAUCCUUUGGAUGCAAAAUGUAAAUUAGGAAACUGUAUUUUAUUACUGCUUUUUUGUGGUUAAACACUUUAUUUUCAUAUUAUAAAUAUUCAGUUAUUUUUUAUCCUAUUUGGUGUGCAGUAGUUAGACCUCGGUAAUCAUUUUUCUAGCUAACCCUGUCCGGUGAGGGGGGGAACAAAAAAACCAGGCCAAUCGCUCCCAGGUGCUCCAGAGGCCAGAACAGCUUGCCUGGGGCACACUGAUCAUUCACCUUGGGUUGAUCUUUCCUAUAUUCCAGCAAGUCCCCAUCUGGGAAAACCACCUGAACACAAGAGAGCACCCACCUUUGUAUUUGUAAAUAGCUGUGAUGAAAAAGGAAAGAUGAAACUUGAAGACAUAAUGUGAACAACUAUUUUUAAUUGAUACUUACUGUACUAUGCACAAGACAUUAAACUUAACACGGCUAAGUAAGCGAUAGGAGUUAGCAUCGUAUGUCUUGAAAUAUAAUUUUGCACUGUAACAGGGGCUGUGGUCAGAGUCGAGGCAAGUAGUGAAAAACAGCACAAGGUAAGUGGAAGAGAGCAGUGGUUCCCAUAAAGAAGGGGAAACGGAAUUGAAGGGGAUGCUGGCCCCACCGGCCUGGAUUCAGGAAAACAAGUCCUUUCCUCAACUGCCAGUUCUCAAAGAGAAGAUUUCUAGGUGCAGGAGUUGAUCUUACUGCACAUUAGUGGCUGACCAGGCCGGGGCGAGGGGAAAUCCGAUGGUUUCAAAGCAUUACCUUCAACAGUCAGGCCCCCCCUUCCAGGACAGCUGAAAGGUCAGGAGCAGGACAUCAGGCCAACAGCUGGGGAAGCUGCAUGUAGCACAGAGGUGAGCGGGGGGCGACAGUGACCGGUGCAGCAGGUGGAGGGUCGAAGCGAGAGCACAAAGGGGAGGGGAGAGAGGUGCUAAGGGAAAAGAUUGGGGCUUAAAAGAAUCAUUUACGCUUACCAUCACACUAUGACCUACUUGGGGCCGUUUAUAUGCAUGUUCACACAGCAGACACUGUGUUUAUGAUUGCCAGUAUUCCAAUAAUUAAUCUUUUUGAGUCUCAAACACGUGUGAACGUGGACUGCAUUUUCAGCACAGCAGCAACCUACGAGGAGAAGGGUGAAAUCAAAGACAAUAUAAUGGAGUCACAAUAUGCAUUAAAUAUUCCUUAACUUCAACCAAAGCAAAAGCUUUUCUUCAAGAGACGAAGCAUUUAUUUACUUAGAGUAAUCUGGAGCGGCAGCUAGCAUAUUGCUUCCUAUCAAAUGUACUGUGCACUUUAACACUAAAUUAAAAUGUAUUUUACUAUUUCCUAGGGCUGCACAAAUAUCCCGAUUUGUCAGAUAGCCUAAAAAGAGAGAUUUUGAACUAAGAGUAUAUACACAGUUUAAAAAACAUUCAAAGAUUGAUUCUAUAAAUAGGAAUAUUGAUUGCUGCAUCUUGAAGGGCGAAAUGCAGGGUCCUGAAGUAUUUUUUUACCUGUAUAUAUGGCAACAUGAAGCUUUGUAAUCAUUAUUUUCAAAUUUUAAACAGUUUCUUUUGAUAUUGUUUUUAGUAUCUGCUUGAAGUUGGCUGUAGAAUACAAAUGGCUCAAUAUUUUUUAAUACAGCUUUUUUAUGCAGUCUUCUUGUCUGGCUAAAAUGUCUUCAAGAACCUUUGUACACUAUUUAUAUGUGCAAUAAGUCGUGCAUGGCCAACUGACGAACCUGAGUGGACAUAUGUACAUAGUGCAGAUCUUGCUUUUAUUUAACUGCCAUUAAAAUUAUUAUUUGUACAAACCA